GCGGGGCACCGGGCGGCAUGGCGGGGCGGCGGCAGCGGGCCCGGGUGCAGGGCGGCUGGGCCGGCGCCCCGGCAGGCCGGCCCGCGGGCGAGGCCCAGCGCGCAGCACCUAAGGCACCUCUGGCCAGCAGCCUUGCUCCUGCAGGCACCAGACCAGCGUGGAUGAGGAAAGAUCAGCCACACACUGAAAAGCAAUUUGUCUUUGAAAAGCCAUCAGAGGUGGUGCACAAAGUUCCUGAGGCAGGCAUGAUAGACAAGCCUGGUGUGUAUGAGCUCAGUACAGGACCAAGUGGUGUUUCUAGGAUUCAUUUGAUUUCUGGCUUUAUUGACUCGGAACAAGCAGACUGGAUGUUUGAACAACUCCUCAAAGACAUACCUUGGGGUCAGAGAACUCACAUCAGACAGGAUGUAUCUUUUGAGGAACCAAGGCUGACCUCCUGGUAUGGGGAACUUCCUUACACAUACUCCAGGAAAACAAUGCAGCCAAACCCAAAUUGGCAUCCCCUGCUGACGGAGCUGAAGGAGCGCAUUGAGGAGUUCUCUGGCUAUACCUUCAAUUCUCUGCUCUGCAACCUCUACCGAACUGAGAAGGACAGUGUGGACUGGCACAGUGACGAUGAACCAUCGCUGGGAACCAAUCCUGUCAUUGCCUCGCUCAGCUUUGGUGCUACCCGGACCUUUGAAAUGAGGAAGAAACCCUCUCCUGAAGAGAAUGGAGACUAUACUUACGUAAAAAGACUAAGAAUCCCACUUGAUCAUGGGACUCUGAUGAUGAUGGAAGGAGCUACCCAGGAGGACUGGCAGCAUCGAGUGCCUAAAGAAUAUCAUUCUAGAGAUGCACGGAUAAACUUGACCUUUAGGAUCAUUCACCCAGAACCUGAGGGAGUUUGGAAGUGAAGAGGCACUUUGGACAUUGUUGGACAGAAACCCACUGCAGAUCCAGAGCCUCAGAUUGCUACAGAUUUAAAGGAAGCCUUACAGGAAUAGAGUUCUGUGAAACAUGUGAUGGGGAAAAGAAUCAAUAUUAUGAAGAUAUUAUUAAGAUCUUAAGAAGACAAUCAGAAGCUGCCUGUGUUACGUGGACAGUGCUGUUUUGUUUUCAGGAAUGUUAUGUUACUAGAUGGUAAUAAAUCACAGGCCUUAAGUUUGUGAAACAACAAUGGUCAUUCUUAAAAGAACACAAAGCACAUGAAAGAUCUGAGAGGUACCGACUGGAGCAAUAGGACUUGGCAAACAGUUACUUUUAUAUCUUCUCUUGUCCUCCCUUUCCUCCCAAGUAGUGAUUUGGGUUCUAAGUAAGGACAAGACAGAAAUCUUUUCUGUAAAGCCAGUUGUAUUUGCACUGUGUGUACAGAAAUGAUAGAGCUGCACUUCAUGAUGAUCUCAAACCCCUUUCACCAAGGGGCAGGAUGCUGCUUUUUAUUUGUAGGUUGCAAAGUCUUUUGCAGUGAAGCAAUCAGUUUACUUUUUUAUAUAAUUACUUGAAUUAUACUGUUGUCUAGUAGACCAGAGGGUCAAGGUUCCCUUCUGCUAUGCACUCUGUGGUCAGACUUCAUCCUGUUUAUCCAUGUAGACUAGGCAGAUAAAGGCAAGCAUUGAAGACACCUUAGCCAUCAGCCUUAUCAGCCAGGUUAAAGCUGUCCAUUGCUUGAGUAUUAACAAUCCUCUAUCCCUGGUGGCUUGAAACUGUUACAUCUCUGUUAUAGGCAGGAAAAUAGAAACAAAGAUGAAAAACAUAAUUUCAGAAUUUGCUAUUA